GGGUACGUCGUUAUGAAAUCGAACAUGCGAAUCGUCGACGGCGGCCUUAUUCUGGUGAUCUUCGCCGUUUGCUGUGCAAUUGCCGCAAGCAAAACGCGCACCGAGCUUGAUAACGAUGAACUGUGGGAUCGUUUACUGAAGCGGCAGCUACACAACGAAAUCACAACAAACGACCACUAUACCGAUGACGCCGACGGCAGCAGGGCGACCCCAGCCAGUCAUCCGGUCGGCCGUGCGCGUAUCAAUCACAACACCGAGCCCAUUGAUGCUGAUAGCGCACCGCUGCUCACGGAUGAGCGGGAUGAGUUACUUACGGUCGAUGGUAACGCACCGGCAAAGGUCAACCGCUACGAUGCUGAUAGCGCCUGGGAUGUAACGGAAGGCGGCGAUGACGGCACGGUUCCGGACCUCGCCGAAACCGAUGACGUAGCAGCGGCGCAUGACGAUGGCAGUGGCCAGGAAGCUCUUCUGCAGGCAGACGAUCCGUCGUCGAUCGAUAACGAGCUGGUCGGUAUUUUGCAGAAACGCCCCGAAUCGAGAGAAAUUCUGGAGUCACUCGGGCUGGCAGCAAAGCCGAGCCGCCCGUUUCCGGACCCGAGCGACUUGCAGGCCCUAAAGGAACACGUGAAAGCGCUUCUCACACUGCCGGUGAACAAACGGAAGUUUCACCGCAUCCUUCCGACUCUGGCGGAAGAUGUGGACAGCAUCGGUGAACCGCUGGGUCAACCGGCACCACUGCUUGCCCCACACCGUGAGGUGACACGCCCGACCACUAUCCUGCUGCCCGACCUACAGCGAACCCUUGCCACGCAGCGAGACACCCUACUACCACCGCAGGAAGGACAGCGUAGCUUGGUAAUCGUGUUCGACGCUACCGGCUCGAUGGUUGACGAUCUACAGCAGCUUCGUGACGCGGCCCGUCUCAUCAUUGCCGAGGUCACGCAACGGGACAACAAUCCAAUUUUUAACUACAUUUUCGUACCGUUCCGUGACCCGCACGUUGGCCCGCGGUUAGUGACACGCAGUCAGGAUGAGCUGCUGAGCGCUCUCGACAGUCUACAAAUCGUAGGUGGAGGCGAUUGUCCAGAGGCGGCGCUGGAGGCGCUGGCCAGUGCCAUCGACGCUGCCAUGCCCAACUCGUUCGUGUACGUAUUCACCGACGCCACCGCAAAGGACUUUCGGCUCGAUCAGCGCGUGCUGCAGUUGGUGCAACGGAAGCAAACGCCCAUCACGUUCCUGCUGACGGGGUUCUGCGAUGGCAAGGAGACGCCCGGCUACCAGGUGAUGAGCAACAUAGCCGCCUCGAGCAACGGUCAGGUGUUCGACCUGCGAAAGGAUCAGAUCGAGGAGGUGCUGCUGGCGAUCCGUAACACGAUGGAUACGCAUCACGUGCCACUGAAAGCGAUCGAUUCAGCUGCUCCGAAGGCGCACGAUAUUGAUUUGAGCGUGGACAGCACGCUGAAAGAGUUCAGUGUUAGUGUGGCCGGUGUGAAGCCGACCAUCGAAAUCCUCGAUCCGCAGAGCGAACCGUAUAACCGAUCGCGCGAAGUGCUACACCUGGAAAACAUUCGCGUCGUCAACGUGCCCGAUCCGGCACCGGGCCGGUGGAACAUCAAAGCGUCGUCCGAUUCCUCCCACUCCAUCCGCCUGUCCGGCCUGAGCGAGGUGCAGUUUAACUUUGGCUUCAGCCUCGUGGAACCGCACAACAAUCGGUCCCUAUCGCACCAGCCGGUGCUGGAUGAGAAGAACUUUCUCGCAGUCGAACCGUCCGAUCCGACGUUGAUCAGUGUACUCGACUCCGUUACCAUUACGUCGCACAACGUGGGGACAUCGCCAAGUGGGGCAGUGUUUGAGUUUAAGCUUCCUCUCCAGCCGGUGCCCGGUAACAGCGGUGGGCUCUAUCGCACCAAAGCCUUCGACAGUCCACGCCAACCGUUCAAACUGACGAUCAACGGUCGUAACGCAAACGGUGAACCGCUGCAGCGUCUGUUUUCGACGGCGAUCCAAGCCACGGGUCCCACCGCACCGGAAGUCUCCGUCGGCCACACACCUUUUGUGGAGCUGCUCGAAGGCGAUCACUAUGUACUCGAGUGCCGCAUCCAUUCCGCCAUUCCAGUCGUGGCCGCCUGGCGACGGAACAAGAUCGGUGUAGUGCAGCAACACUUUAAUGAAUCCAAUGUGCUGUCGCUGGGUUUGCAGAAUGUCAACGCCAGUCACGCUGGGAACUACACCUGUCUGGCCACCAACAUCCUAGGGCAGGACGAGAAAGUGGUCAAACUAAAAGUGAACCGUCGAUUUAGCACCAGUCUCCGAUUGCUUCCGAGGCACACCGUAGCCGUCGAGCACGAACCGUUCAUCGCCUUGAGGUGCAUCCUGGAGCAUGGCCCUGAUGUGGCCACUGAAAUCUACUGGACACGCGAUGGGCUCCCGUUGGUGGCCGGGGAUGGCAAGGCUUACCUGGAGUUUGUGGACCUAAACAAAUCCCACUCCGGUAACUACACGUGCUACGCCGACAUCGAAGGCGUACGUGUGACCAGCGAAAACAGCACGGUCAUCGUGGAGUACUCACCGAGGACGAACGAUUCCAGCCGAGGACUCGUGCGCGAAUACGGUGAGUGGGUCGAGCUGGAGUGUGAAAUGGACGCCAUGCCCGAACCGGAAUACCAGUGGGACUACCAACCACUGGACCAAUCGUUCGACCAGCGGCCACUGCCAGAGGGUGGACGGAAGUCGAUCGCCUUUGAGAUGACACCACGUGCGGAAGGGCUGUACGUGUGCGAGGGACGGAACGCUUAUGGAUUCGCCAGACAAACGUACGUUCUGCAGGGUGCGGCAAAUGCGCCACCGAACAUAAUCAAACACCCAGACACGACACUCUACGUGGCGCUCGGGACCUCCAUCACGCUGAACUGUUCCUGCGAGCUGUGCCAACCGUUGAGUGAGUACAUCUGGACCAGCCAGCGUGGUACGUUCGAGAGCAGCCCGGAAGAGUCAAUCGACAACAUUCGCGUUACACUCGACAACGAUCAGUCGCGAAAUGCGGUGCGCUACCUGCUGACGAUUGACGAUUUCCGACCCGACAACGAGGCCAGCUAUACCUGCAUCUUCUCCAACGAGCACGGAGCAGACGCAAUGAUUCUGCAACUUCGCACGAUGGUCGCCCCGGAAGUGGAGUCAAUGCUAGUGGAUGGCGAACCAUCGAUCGGGAGAACCGUUCUCAAGAAUUUAGGCACGGGCCCCGGUACAAUCGGUUGCGAAACCGUGGGACUCCCGGAACCGACCGUUCGGUGGCAGAUAAACGGCACUCCACUCGGCUCAACAGACGAGCCUCUACCGCUGACGUUGGAAAACGAAAACAAAACCAUCCAGUUCCACGUUCCGUACUACGAGGCUAUCGAGGGGCGCUACGAGUGUUUCGCAUCGAAUCCCCUCGGGACCGUGUCCUCAUCGUUGGACUUGCGAGUGGGCGCGGCUCCACAAGCUUCCCCCGAGCAUCGUUUUCUGCGGGCCAAGGUCGAUGAACCGGUUACGCUGGACUGCACCAUUUCCGGUACUCCCGACCCGCAGCUGCACUGGGAACCGGCUUCCGCUUUCGCCGAUCCUACACACCGCACCCAGCGGCUACGGGCCGCGUACGAAACGGCGGGCUUCUAUCGCUGUCUGGGCGCUAACGAGCACGGUUCGGCGGAGCAAAACUUUACGCUCGAAACUUACGGGCCGCCGGAGAUUAAAGACUUGCCGGAUGUGUCAAUCCAGCUGGGCAUGGGACAGGACACGCUGAUGGAGUGUUUCGGCUGGGGUAUACCGGAACCAUCGAUUAGCUGGACGUUUAACAACGAGCCGAUCGGAAACCGUUCCAGCGUUGGCAUUACGGAGGGAGGACUUCAAAUUUACAACAGCUCGUACGGCCACAACGGAGUGUACGGCUGCACGGCUCAGAACGAACAUGGUGUGCGCCAAAAAAUCUACUAUCUAACCGUUAGAGAUCCGCCUCGCAUAACAUCAUCGCUGGAUUCGCACGUUACACUGCUGCCAAACGAAACGGCACACUUCGAAUGUACCGGCACCGGAAGUCCGCCUCCGAAGGCAACGUGGUUGUUUAAUGGCACCGUCCUGGGGCACGAUCGGGACCUUUACUUGUCGUACGCCAACACAUCGACCGGAACGUACACCUGUUUACUAGAGAGCACCGAAGGCACGGACCGACAGAACACAUUCAUCAGCCCCUUGCGCCCGCCGCAACGGUUGACAUCAGGAAACUACAGCUCCAACAGCCUCACUCCGCUCAAGAGGCGCGCCGACGAGCCACUGGUUCUGCUGUGUCCGUUCGAGAACUACAAGAGUCUGCUGUGGCAGCUGAACGAGAAGGGCCUCGAGGAGCACUUCGACUUAACCGACGUGCAGCUGAAGGAAAAUCUUCUUAUCAUCGAACAUCUGCGGACCCGGCACGAGGGCACGUAUACGUGCGUGGUGCAGAACCGUGCCGGUAGCGAUCGACACUCGUUCGUGGUGGGUGUCCUUACGCCCCCCACCAUUCACCGGGAGCACCCGGAUGCGUUGGCCGAGGAGCCAGAGUUCAGUGCUGAUCCGUGGGUACCCGAUCAGCCGAUCGACAGCGCGGUCGAGGUGAACCUGCUGUCGGGCGAAACCCUGCAACUCCUGUGCCAGGCAAGUGGGUCACCCGAACCGACCGUUCACUGGAACCGGCGCGAUCAGAUGGUGUCGCCCACGGCCAAUCUCACCAUCCCGCACGUGGACCUCCAUCACGGGGAUCUGUACGUUUGCAUCGCGGAAAAUGAGCUAGGCAAGUCGACGCAAACCUACCGGCUCGACGUCAUGACGUCCCCACAGUUCUACGACGAGCCGGUCCGUUCGGUCGAGGUGUUCGCGGGCGAUGAUCUCGAGCUAGACUGCACGAUGCAAGCCAAUCCGCCGGCAUCGUACCAGUGGCUGAAGGAGGACGCACCGUUGGAUGAGUUUGAAGUAACGCUGGAGUUUGUCAACAUACAGCCGCAGGAUUCGGGUGUCUACCAGUGCGAGGCCGAAAACGUGUUCGGUCAGAACCAGAAGUCCUUCCAGGUGCUGGUGUACCAACCCGCGGAAAUAACAUCCUUUUCGGCCAAUCAAACACUGCUGGCAGGGGACAGCAUCGAGCUGGACUGUGCAGCCGUCGGCAACCCCAUACCGGUGCUCAGUCUCGUGCACCGUGGCGAAGUCCUUGCGUCGACCGCCGAACUCGACGGACCGGCGAUGGUCAUCGAUCGGAACUAUCGCGUCAAAAGCAACGUGCACCGAAGCGCCCAGAGUUACGGCUUUCACGCCCAACGACUGUCGCAGUUCGAGGUACGAUUUUCGAUGCGCCAAUCAAACGCCUCGCUCGUUGAUCGUGGCAAAUAUCUCUGCAUGGCGCAGAAUGCCAUCGGCUUCGAGGAGCGUCUGGCGAAAGUGGACGUCCUUGUGGCGCCGUAUGUACAGGCCGAGAAGCUGAAGCUCGACGGCUCCACGAUCCGUCUGCUGGAAGGGUUACCCCUGUUUCUCUUCUGUCCCAUCGACGGCACGCCUAAGCCAACAAUCGGAUGGUACCGGAACAGCAAGCGGCUCAAACAAACCACCAGCACCCUGUUUCUGCCGAGUGUUAGCCAGCGCGAUGUAGGCAGCUACCUUUGCUACGGCGAGAACCCGAUCGGCAAAGCGGAGCUUCAGUACACGCUGGAGGUGCUGGUUCCGCCGGCCAUCAUCAGCAGCGUACUGUACGGCGAAGCAUUCCUGUCCGCCGACGAGCCGGACCAGGAGGAGUUGCCCGUGCAGGCGGGUGACAACGUGACGCUAGACUGCUCCAGUCUCGGGCAUCCCGUGCCGGAAGUUCACUGGACGAAGGUCGACUACCUGGACGAGCACCGGAACGAACUGCUGGCCGGCAAGGAGCCGACCCUCGAGCUGUACAAUAUUCGCCACACCGCAACGUACUCGUGUUACGUGAACAAUACGGUCGGAUCGGCCCAGAAACUGUACCACGUUGUUGUCCAGACGGCUCCGUCGUGGAAGUCUGGCCCGACCUACCACCAGCAGCCGCGCGUUUCGCUACACCACAGUUUGGAUCUGGCGUGCGAGACCAACGGGUCACCGGAAGCAACGGUUUCCUGGGCGAAGGAUGGACAACCAUUGCAGAAGCACGCCGAAGGGUACGUCUUCGGGACCCACGGACACACGCUGCGGCUACUGGCGGCCAAACUCUCCGACGCCGGCACGUACCAGUGUGUGGCGAGCAAUGCGCUCGGCCAAAUCAGCCGGGACUUCAACGUAGCGAUCGAUGUGCCCGUCAGCUGGUCACCUUGGGGUGUGUGGUCGGUUUGUAGUGCCCCGUGCGGCAGUGGGACCCAAUUCCGGUCCCGCAUCUGUCUACUGCAGAACGGAUCGCCCGCUCAGGGCGAACAGUUUAACUGUGUCGGCGAGAACGUGCAGAUGAAGUCCUGCGAACUGCUGCCAUGCCCGGUCAACGGAGGAUGGAGCGACUGGACGCCGUGGAGCAGCUGUGCCCCAGACUGCGUCGCGGAAUACGGUGGCGUGCGGCCGAUACGACAGCGUAGCCGCCGGUGUGACUCGCCGGUGCCGGCACUCGGUGGUAAACCGUGUGUCGGAGAAGCCUACGAAGAGGAACCGUGUCCGGUGCGGUACUGCUCGGUGGACGGUGGCUGGACGUCAUGGUCCGACUGGACGGCCUGCAGCGAAGCGUGCGGUUUCGGGCGCAGCCUACGGGCGCGAAGCUGCACCAAUCCCGUCCCGCGCCACGGUGGCCAACCGUGUGAGGGAGCGGAGAGUGAAGUUAAAAUAUGUAAACAACGCGAGUGUCACGUCGACGGUGGCUGGUCCGAGUGGUCCCCGUGGUCGCGGUGCAGCAAAACGUGUGGUACGGGCGUCAAGACCCGGAAGCGGCUCUGCAACAACCCGGAACCGAAGGCCGGCGGUAGGGUGUGUGCGGGCGAGAACACGGAGAUCGCUCAGUGCAGCACCAAGCGGUGCCGGAACGAUGCUCUCCUGCGCACGAUCGACCCGAGCCAGACCGGGUCCCGCAAAAACUAUACCCCGUUGGUGAUGUACGAAUCGAAACAUCAGCCAUCGAACGAUCGGUCUACGCGCUUCACGCCGCCGCGCACGGAAUCGGCCAGCACGGACUACGAAGACGCACCGGACUCCGACGAAGGAAACCCAGCGCCGGGUUUCCAGGUGGUACGCAAAUACCAGUACGCUGAGGCACCACCGGUAGAGUAUGUGGACGUCCCACAAGCCGCGGCGGAUGCGACGUCGUACGGAAUCAAAGUGACGAUGACGAACACGAUCCGGCUGUCGAACGAUACGACGGCGUACAACUUGUACUUCGGUGACCGAAUCCGUUGCCCCGAGGGGUUCGUCUAUGACGCAAACAGCAACGCCUGCAGUGACGUCGAUGAGUGUGAAGCCGGAAACUGUGCCGGGCCAGCGCAGGUUUGCGUCAACACGGUCAGCAGUUUCGAGUGCCACUGUGAACCCGGCCACCGCCCAGCCCGGUACGACCGGGACGGCGACGAUGGUGGGAGCGAGGCCACCACCGUUGCGGAUCGCUGUAUCGACAUCAACGAGUGUCGCGAGCAAAUAGACGAAUGUUCCCAUUACUGCACCAACACCCCGGGCAGCUACCGAUGCUACUGCCCCGAGCGCUACCACCUGGCACAGGAUGGCCGAUCGUGUACGAUCAAGCGAAAACGGAACGAGCCCAAUGGCUCCCGUAGCUCGUCCGGCGUCGCGGUGCUCGCAAGCCGCUGUCCGGAAGGGUUCCGUUGGACCGACAAUCACUGUCAGGACUUGGACGAGUGUGAACUGCAAGCCGACGAGUGUGGCGAAGGUUUGUCGUGCCUGAACACGCGCGGUUCCUACCUUUGCGUUCACACGGCCUGCCCGCCGGAGUAUGAGCAGGACUACGACAGUGACACGUGCUUUCUAAACUGCACCGUGAACCCGUACGGCUGUUCCGAACGGAUGGCCCACGCGGGACAGACGCUGUCGCAUCUGAUAGUUACGCUGGAACGGUUUCUUCCUCGACAAUCGCUAGCGAUCCUGUCGGUUCCAGAAGCACAGCGUACGGCCGACUACGAUACCGCGUUCACGUUCCGCGAUCGGCAGUUUGCGCACAUUUUCUCGCUCGAAACGAUGCGCAAAACGUCCGGGGCCGUGCGGCUGUACGCCAACCGGAAGUUGCAACGCGGACGGUUCUACAAACUUAACCUGGCCGCGACAACGAUCGGUCGCUACACGGGACGGGUGGAAUACGUGCACGAUUUCAUUGUGUACUUGCAUUGGUUCGACUAGGAACGGGGGUUUGUUGAUGAAACUGCCGAGAAGCCCUCAAGUAGCCAUCAUGUAGCCGUAGUUCGUAGCUUUGAAAUUCAUAGACAAAUUUAAGCUACAAACAGACACGAUCAUCAUCACGUUUCUCAGUUCCCUUGCCUUUCAAACCUUCCAAUCUUCAAACAAAGCCCAAAAAGACCAAAGACAGCAGCCAAUACGCAUCACUCGCUUAGAAGUAGAGGAAAAUGAAAGCUCAUCGUCGUCGUCGUUUUUCGUAAAUGUCCACAGUUUGAACUUUGGGAUGGUACUGCAAACCUAACCAUGUAUGCAAAUCAAAACCUAUAUGCGAUAAUAAGCUAAAAUUAGAAAUUAAGCCCACCAUAAGCUCUACUGACUCACACUGAAGUACUCGAGAUCGAUUGAAAGGUUUGUGUGAGCUAUGAAAUUUAUUAAUUUCGGACCGUUUGCGGCAAGAACGCAGGACGAAAACGAAAACUCAACCACCAAUCCACAGUUUCUCUACCAAUAUUUAAUUCGAAAUAGAAAAUAUAUA